AUGCCUCAACCCAAAAUCACCACGACCCGCCUCAUCCUCCGACCCUUAACCUCAUCCUCUUCACACAUCAACCUCUUCGUCGACCUCGACGCCUCUCCCAUUGUCAUGAAAUAUCUCGAAAACGAGCCCCUUACCCCUGCCCAAGCCACCGCCGACCACGCCUCCCGUCUCGACGCCUCGACAAAAGUCGACGGUCUAGGCUACUGGGUAGGAUAUUUGGACGACAAAAUAAUCGGCUGGUUCUCCCUAGCACCCACUGUGGUAAAUGGGGCAGUGGAGGCGACGCAAGCUGAAAUCGGAUAUCGCUUACUUCCAGGGUUUUGGCGCCAGGGGUACGCGAAGGAGGGCGCGAGGGCGUUGAUGAAGUAUGGUUUCGAUGAGCUGCGGUUGCACGAGGUCUGGGGGCAGACGAUGAGUGUGAAUGCAGCGUCGAGGGGGACAAUGAGUGCGUGCGGAAUGCAGCUUGUUCGGAGAUUUUGGGUAGAUUUUGAAGAUCCGGUUCCUGGGACGGAGGAGGGCGAGGUUGAGUACAGGAUUGGGAGGGAUAAGUGGGAAGACUUGGCAGAUGAGAAGAGGAGAUUCUAA